UGCCCGCCUCGGUCCCCCGCCCCCUCCCCGCCCGCGCGCAAAACACUCCGGACCCAGAGGCGGCGCGGCCGAGCCCGAGCCGCGGCCGGAGCGCAGCCCGAGAGCGGCGGCGGCACCAUGACCCUGGGCAGCUGCUGCUGCGAGAUCAUGUCCUCCGAGAGCUCCCCGGCCGCGCUGUCCGAGGCCGACGCAGACAUAGACGUGGUGGGCGGCGGCGGCGGCAUCGGAGGGGGGGAGCUCCCAGCCCGCUCCGGGCCCCGCGCCCCCCGGGACGUGCUCCCCCACGGCCACGAGCCUCCCCCGGAGGAAGCGGAGGCAGACGUCGCCGAGGACGAGGAGGAGUCGGGUGGCUGCUCGGACGGCGAGCCCCGCGCCGUAGCGCCCCGGGGGGCGGCGGCGGCCACAGGAAGCCCAGGGCCCGGCGCGGCGUCGGCGGCGGCCAGGGGCGCGGCGGGGCCCGGGCCGGGACCGCCGUCGGGGGGCGCGGCGACGCGGAGCCCGCUGGUGAAGCCGCCCUACUCGUACAUCGCGCUCAUCACCAUGGCCAUCCUGCAGAGCCCCAAGAAGCGGCUGACUCUGAGCGAGAUCUGCGAGUUCAUCAGCGGCCGCUUCCCCUACUACCGGGAGAAGUUCCCCGCCUGGCAGAACAGCAUCCGCCACAACCUCUCGCUCAACGACUGCUUCGUCAAGAUCCCCCGCGAGCCGGGCAACCCGGGCAAGGGCAACUACUGGACGCUAGACCCGGAGUCGGCCGACAUGUUCGACAACGGCAGCUUCCUGCGGCGCCGCAAGCGCUUCAAGCGGCAGCCGCUGCCGCCGCCGCACCCGCACCCGCACCCAGAGCUGCUGCUGCGCGGCGGGGCCGCUGCUGCGGGAGACCCCGGCGCCUUCCUGCCGGGCUUCGCCGCCUACGGCGCCUACGGCUACGGCUACGGGCUGGCGCUCCCGGCCUACGGCGCGCCGCCCCCGGGGCCAGCCCCGCACGCGCACCCGCACCCACACCCGCACGCCUUCGCUUUCACCGCGGCCGCUCCGUGCCAGCUGUCGGUCCCCCCGGGCCGCGCCGCGGCGCCUCCACCCGGACCUCCGACUGCCUCCGUGUUCGCCGGCACAGCCUCGGCUCCGGCUCCUGCGCCUGCCCCGGGGUCCGGCCCGGGCCCCGCAGGCCUGCCCGCCUUCCUGGGCGCCGAGCUGGGCUGCGCCAAAGCCUUCUACCCUGCGUCCCUGAGCCCUCCCGCCGCCGGCACCGCGGCGCUCCUGCGCCAGGGCCUCAAGACGGACGCGGGCGGAGGUGCGGGCGGCGGGGGCGCAGGAGCCGGGCAGAGGCCUUCCUUCUCCAUAGACCAUAUCAUGGGCCACAGCGGCGGCGGCGGCGGCGGCGGGACCGCACCCCCAGCCGGAGGCGAGGGCUCCCCGGUGCCUCCGUUCGCGACCGCCGCGGGGCCCGGGGGUCAAGCCCAGGUCUUGGCCAUGCUGACUGCCCCGGCCCUUGCUCCGGUGGCCGGCCACAUCCGCCUCUCGCACCCCGGGGACGCGCUCCUGUCCUCAGCGCCCCCGUUUGCCGGCAAAGUCGCUGGCCUCAGUGGCUGCCACUUCUGACCGCCAGCGGGCUCUGGGCCAGGAAGUUCGCACCCCCUGAAGCCUAAGCAGUGUCUACACCAGCGAAGCCGACGCAGAGGUGAAGCUGGGAGGCUCCGCAGAAACCCAGAGCCCAGCCCACAGCCCACUGAGGAAAAACCCUGUCUCUUUUGUUUGGGUGCUUCUAAAGGAACUCUUCGCCGUUCCUGGGUGGCCGGCGGGGCCCAGCUGUCCACGGCCAGCAGCUUUCUGCCAUAUUUAUUGUAGCUAAAGGCAGUGAGGGUGGGUGGAAGAGGUUAGGCAGGGGUCUGUAAUUAUGUGUAAAUACCUGUACAGCAGGCUGCUUGCCGCCUUCUCUGUCCACUGGCUGUGCAUUGAGUUAGACUUCUCCACCUGGAGCAGUUUGUGAAGUCGUCGAAUGGUUUGUGUGGAAGAAACAAAAAAUCUGAUCCCAGUGCCCACCUUCCCCAGCUCCCUGUUGGUGUCAAUUGAAUAAAUGUCUGUGAACUUGCGCA